GUUAGCCCCAGUGGGUUACGUCCUGCUGACACGACUACUCGGACCGCUGAAGAUAAUGAAACUAGUGGUGGAGUUGAUUUGGAUCCACUUGUUUCUCAGCUAGAAAAGAAUGCUAUGCAACACGCCCGCGACUUGCUGCGGGGGCGAACGUACUCGACGCUGCACAGCUCCGCAUUUCGUGAUGAGGGUGAAGCACAGCCCCACGAGUACAUGACAUUGCUCUGGGACUCCCCUAGCCGUGUGAAAUUGCAAGUCUCCACAACCCCCGACGCGGUUGGCACGAUGGCACAGGGCCACGUUGUGUUCAAGACUUCGUUACCCGGCGCUCGGGAGGACGAAGCGGACAGGCAGCGACGGGACAUUCGUGAAGACGAGCGGGAAGCGGCUACUACGGCGACUUCUGCUUCGAAUGCGGCGACUUCUGUCCGCGGCAUGCGCCCUCAAGAAGUCGUCGCGAGCAUACGUAAUGCAUGGUUGCGUCUGGGUACGAGAGCAGAAGCGAACCCUGUUGGAGCAGCAGGAUCGAAUACCGAUCAAUCUUUUGCCACUCGAUUGAGGGAUCUCAGGAGACAGAAGAGAACGAGCCGUAUGCGCUUGCUGAACCGUAGUCCCAAGUUGUGGCUUCGUGUGCAGCGGCCGCACUUGCGUGCCAGGUAUGACAACGAGAAGGACGCUCUGCGACGCAUUGUCGGCUCCAUGGAUUCAGACGAUAGUGCUGUCGCCCGCAUCGCCGGGAUAGCCGAAUCGACGACAAGGAUCGAUCAGGAACUCGACAUGGACCGCGAGCGCCGUGGCCUGGAGCUGGCGGACGAGUUCUACAAUGAGGCCUUCUACGAUUCUCUGGAAACAAGCGUGAGGAAGAGAAAUGACGAUCUUCUUCAGAAUUCGCAGCAAGAACAACGUCGUCCAAUGUUUUCUGUACUCAGUGGACGCACGACGAGUGCUGGUUCGAACAGAGGUGCUAGUCCUCUUCCUGGAGCUGCUGUUGAAGAAAGUCCUGGUGAGCGCACUUGGCUUCCAGGCGUUUCAGCAGUACGCUUCGUAGACCGUCUUUCCAAUUUUGCAUUGUUGACCGAAUAUGCGGAGGGAGUGACGCUGCAAAAAUGGAUGCUCUCCUCCCAGUGGGACCACUUGGCGUGCACUGUUACGAAGAACUUGAACGACCUCUUCCGUCUGUGGUUGCAUCACGCGCUCCAUGAUCCAAGCCACACGUUUUUCCAUGGUGAUCCACACGCAGGCAACAUCAUGGUGCAUAUCGGGAACGGUCUUUCGUCGUCGGCGUCUUCGACUACAAAGCCGGAUGAGCGUGGAUCUACUCGUACCUCUACCACCGCAAGAGGCUCAUCUUCAUCUGGCAGCGCUUCUUCUAGUCUUGGGCCGUGCGUCAGCAGUGUGGUGCGCGGCAUCGCACAGAGCUGCUCCCCUCCUGAACAAGCUGAAGGAUCUCGAGGUGGUGGAGAUCAUACAGGCACAGCUUCGGAAUCGACCCGAGCUGUGGUGGAUCAUGGUACCUUGAUGAACGAGCUCCCAUACCAGCCGAAUGUUGAACCAUUGGAUUCAGAAAUCAAGUCGGUUGCUAUCCCCAAAGAUGUCGGACACUUGACGCUGGUUGAUUUCGGAAUAACCUUCAUGUCUGAGGAGAAGCAGCCACUGCUUGCAACAUUUCGCAAGUUUGCGGCAGCAGUCUAUUUCGGCAGCACAGCAGAUUUGCGUUGUGCUUUCGAUGAUCUUCCGGAUGAGGACCCGUUCAUUCUGGCGUUCGAAGCGGAAUGGCCGCGUCUAGCAGCAUUGCCCUUGGAAAAGCGAAUGCGUGCGGUUGCUACAGAACUGUUGAUUCCGGAACUGCCGCGACUACCUGCGCCGCAGGGCAUGCACGAGUUCUUAUUGGCUUUGAAUCUUUUCACCGAUGUUUUUGAAAUGUUCGGCAAGCAAAAAGCGUCGGUUCUCGCAACCUGCGUCCCGCAAAACGACCAGGCGUCAUUGUCCUCUUCCGCUGUCAGUAAGCUGUCGUCCUAUGUUCUUCGGGGAAUGACGCGCGGCGUGGACGAGCCAGGGACAAGAUCUUUGCUGAAAAAUCCGCUUCUUGAGGUUCUGCAGGACAUCGUCACAGACUACGCGCAUGAUGCGACGGGAAACUUGAUCUCUGGCGUGAGGAAGAAGCUUAGGAUCUAAGCUGAAGCUGUGAAAAAAAAACGAAGGAGACAAGGAAGUAUACCUAUAGAGCAAGUCAGACUCGAUGAAACCUAAAGCGUUAUAGCUUGAUGAUUUGCUGGGAUGCAGUUCUCGUAAGUAGUGUUGGUUUUUUGUUUCUCAAAUUUUGCCCGCAAGAUUGUGAGAGGCAAGGGUCGAAAUACAAGUUGUAACGUUGAAAAUUCACAAUAAAUCGCAUUUCGGAUUUUGGGUGAAUUUUGCAAUCUUUCACGUACUCGGCUGGAAUUAGCACCAUAACAAAGCGACUCAUAUGAUGGUUUUCGUGCAUGUGGGUAAUGGGGAGUCUGUCUAGGUUGAAGAUGGUAGGAAAUGACAGGAAGGAAUAGAAUUUUAGGAAAGACCUGGGUAGUACACAGUUAAUAAUGAUGGCCAAAAACGCACGUUUUCAUGAAAUCAUAUAAAUAUUUUCAGAAGUGGAGUGUAAAAACUUUUAUACGUUUUUAUUUUUUAUUCUUGGAAGGACGGAGAAUACUAGAACGAGAAACAACAGGGACCGAGAUAAUGAAUGAAUGAAUGAAACAGGAAGGACCGUUCCUUAGGUUCUAUAAUCAUUUUCGAGUUUGUAAAUUAAAAUUUUCCUUGUCCAAACGGGCUUGUGGUAAAUAUUCAUGUUUCGCAUUGAAGAAGAAGGGCAGCGGUUUCGAGUACGCUUCUAAAUGUACAACAACGUCUAAAAACGCCAUAGUUUUCCAAGAAUGGUACUAGUUACUUCCAUGCACUCCUUCGGUAAGGGGUUCGCGGGUGUAAAUUUUUCUUCAGAGUCAUCAAAUGUAUGUACCAUAAAUGGGAACACUCAAUAUCUACGCAACUUCGAAUUUUGAGCAUCUUACUGCUUGCGCGGCCCAGCGACUUAAACUCGAUGCAAGCAAACAGUUUUCCUACAGGAGGAAUUCUUAAGUUACUUGACUUUGGGUGUCUUGAAGAAGUAAUGAUUUAGGCAGGCUGUUUCGCAGACAAAUGUGCGGAUGAUAUUGUCAGUUUCCUAUUCGUUGCGAGAUUUAAGGUAGUCCAAUGCAAAUUUCUUUGUGGUUUUUGAAUUUGAAUCCAGUAUCUAUAUCCUACAGGGAAAUGGUAAGCAUGUCGCCGAAUAGAUUCAGAUCGUCAUCUACAUCAUACGCAUCUUAUCUUUACCUACCUUUGGGGAUCAAUGUCUACAGCGAAGCUCUUCACGCGGAUGGAGUCGAAGAUGCGGGGACUCUAAUGUACUUGCAACGUGUGAAGAGGGUAGAUAAUCUGAACCUGCAUUUCAUUUCUUUUCUCAUCUAUUCGGGGAUUUUUAAAAGCGGCCGAAUGUUGUGAAUUGCUUCAAAAGCCGCCUCCUCAU